AUGGCCACCGGCAAUGGCAGCGACAUGCACGUCCGGGUUGUGAGCCGGCGCCUCGUGCAGGCCUCCGACGAGUCCAUCCACCCGCGCGUCCUCCCCGUCUCCAACCUCGACCUCGUCCCGCAGACCAUCCACAUCUCCAUGCUCUGCCUCUACCCCAAGCCGUCCGCGGGGGGUUUCCACGACGCCGUCGCCGCGUUCGCCGCCGGCCUGCCGUCGUUGCUCAACCACUACUACCCGCUCGCCGGCUGCAUCGCCGUCGACGCUUGCUCGGGCCUCCCCGAGGUGCACUGCAACAACCAUGGCGCGGAGCUCGUCGUCGGCGAGGCCGACGUGGCCCUCGCGAGCCUAGGCUACGCGACGGCCGGCACGUCGAUAGGUAAGGCCAUCCAGGUGCCGUACGCCGACGACGUGGCGCUCUCGGUGCAGGCGGUGGCGUUCGCCUGCGGCGGGUUCGCCGUUGGGUGGUGCACCAACCAUGUGCUCGUCGACGGGUGCGGCCUGAGCAUGCGCGUCAGCGCGUGGUCCGAGCUCGCGCGGUCAGGGAAGCUGUCGCCGGCGUCGUGGCCGAACCACGACCGCUCCGUGUUCCGGCCGCGCGCUCCGCCGUCGUACAGCGCGUCGCUCGACGAGGCGUUCACGCCGUUGGUCGGCGAGCGCCAGGUCAACGUGCUGACGAGUGAGCAGUGUUAG